UAUCUCUUUCAUAAGUACGUUACAAUAAAUAGGAUCUGUCACGAGUCGUCAUAAAAUACACCAAUUUAUUCAACGUGAUCAGAAAAUGUUAUGAGAACAUGGCAGGAAUUAUAGAAGAGGACCAGAUAUCAAUGUUAAAAGCGUUUCAGGAAGAUGGUCUAGAUGGUUUAAAGCAGAUGAUUAUCAACAACAGGGACAAGUGGGAAUCCAUACCGAUACGUAUUGCAGUUACUGGAAACUCGAGCGUUGGGAAAUCCAGUUUCAUCAAUGCUUUCCUUGGAUUAAAACCCAACGCUGCCGGUGCAGCUGCAGUUGGAGUAACUGAAACGACAAUGGAGGUGAAGGCAUAUCCGCAUCCAAAGAACAACAACUUUGUAUUGUACGACCUUCCCGGUGUUGGAACACAGCUGUUUCCUCGCGAGUCCUAUCUGCAGAAAGUGGACUUUAAAAAGUACGAUUUCUUCAUGAUACUGUCGGCUACUCGUUUUACGGAGAACGACGCGUGGCUAAGUCAACAAAUAAAGGAGCAACAGAAGAAGUUCUUCUUUGUGAGAACAAAAAUCGAUAUCGAUAUGCAAAAUGAACGCGAUGAUUGUGAUGAAGCGUUCAACCAAGAUCUUAGUCUGCAGAAGAUCAGAAAAGAUGCUGAAGGUAAUCUUAAUGAUCGGAAAUCGAAAGUUUAUCUGAAAACAACUAAACUUAGAAUAAUAAACCAGUUCGAUUAUAAUCGCCUAAUGAAAGAUUUGAUGACGGAAACUCCGGAACUGAAGAAGGACUCUUUGGUUUUGUUUUUACCAUCUCUCACUGAAGCUGUCAUCUUGGAGAAAGAGAAGGUUCUAUCAAAAAGGGCACCAGCAUUAGCAAUUGCGUCGGCUAUUGCUUGAGCUAUACCACUUCCAGGUGUUAGCGCCGCAGUCGACGGAACUAUCAUUGCCACUGAAGCGAAAUUCUACAUGGAACAAUUCAAUCUUGAUGAAAAAUCCUUGAAGGAUUUUGAGAUGAACUAUUCGCUAAAAAUUAGUAAACUAAACUUGGCCACGCGUACACUUGGCAUUACAGCAGCAAGUAUAUGUCAAGCAUGUGCUGUUGGAGUUGCUAGUGAGGCUACCGAAAACGUUGUUAAAGUUUUAAUUCCUGGUCUUGGAUCAGCGAUUGCAGGUGUAGUGUCCUAUGGAAGUGUUCUUGUAAUGCUUUGGAAAAUGUUGAACACAAUGAAAGAGGAUGCACUCACGAUCAACGGUGAAAUAGCUAAACAGUUAGUUGAAACAGAAGUUUAAACAACGACACGCACUUUCGAGGUGCUAUUUUUAAACAAUCAAUAAUGAAGAUGUUGAUGAGUUUCAAAAUGUUGUUCGAAAACAAUACAAUCACUUUUCAUGAUAAAAAAAACAUUGUUUAGUGUCGGCGUUUGAUUUUAAUAAAUAUAUGUACGAUAUCUGUUCAAAGCGCUAGUGAACUCUUGUAGUUUUCCAAUGAGGCACAUUCUGCUAUUUUGGUUCUCGUUGUCAUAAUUUGAUUUCGGACAUUUUCUUUAUGUUGUCUUUAGUUUCCAUAUGAUAACAUAUAGUUUUAUUAUGUACUUUGCGUGUAAUCCCCCAUUUUCCAUGUUCAUUGGUUUGAUUUGAGAUCUUAUUAAUAAAAUUGAUAACUUCUUAUUCAGUUUA